AUGGGAGAAGGGCGACGAAAGCUUCUAAUGGCUUCUCUUUCUGACCAAAUUGACCGUCUCACGCGAAAUACCCGUUUGCUCAAAGAAACCGCUGCUCAAGUUGCCCCUGCUGAAGCCAAGCAUGCUGUUAUCUUCACAAAUGCCGUUCUCAACACCCAUCUGGGCGAUUUGAUCAGGGAUAUUGACCCCUCUGAACUUGGUCUCUUUCGCCUUGUGCAAAAUGAUACGAGCAAUACUUACGACAAAGAUUCGCGCUCUAUAACGGAGCCACAAAUUCGACGAACACAAUUCGUGGGUGCGACGCCACUUCGGAAGAACCCUGCACGUCGCGAGGAGAGGUAUGAAAUUGAACCAGAGGUUUAUGCCCAUGCCGCGCUCAAGUACAUCGAGCAGUAUGAGCCAAUUCGGCCAAUGCCUCGAGCCUACGAUCAGAUUGUAACGAUCUUGAAUAAAAUCCACGACGUACGCGAACAUAUCAAGUCUCUCAAUGCCACUCUUGAACAAACUGUUGUCAGUAACAAACAACCUCCUCCGAAACUUCGUUUAGAACAGGAAGAACGGCGCAUUCACGAAUUAGAAGCUCGUAUAGCAGAACUCAACAAAAAGAAAGAACUUUCCACUGACAUUAAGAAACCUAAAGCGCCUCGUCCCAAGAAUGUUCCGAAUUUAGCUGAAAAGGCUCUCCUUAACCCGCCCUCUGUAUCUUCUCCACAGGAAGAGAAAUUCUGGGCAACUCCAGGAGAACCUUCGCGCGUUCUUCGCUUCUCGGACAAUCUACUAGAUGAAGAAGUCAACCUUGGAGAUGUUAGCACGGCCUCUUUUGGUAGCCCUGUAGUAGGCUCAUCUCAACUCCGGCCUACAAAAUUAUUCGACGAAAUUGACGCCGCCAUCAAUACUCCUGUUGCUCAACCCAAUCCUUUCUUUGACGAGGGGCCGACAUAUAAGGCACCUCCAUCAAUAGACUCGAAUCCUCCAACGGAUCUGGUUCCCACUCAAGAGCCCCUUCCGCCUCCUUCAUCCGAUACUCCGCAUGCCAAAUCAUCACCCACUCUCAUUGCCAAUGUGACAGAAACACCAUCUGUUGGACAGAAGAAAGUCAAAGUCAACAUUGAAGUUGAACGUAUUGUGUCCAAAAUAUGGUCUACUGUCGGUGACAUUAUUGGUGCACCUAGCGAAUUGGAAAAUGCGAGCUCGCCCUCUGUCAAUGACACUGUUGCUCAUUUGCAACAUCUUGCAACACAAUUUCCGUCUCCUGAUUCACCGAUAGCGUCGACUGCUUCAUCGACUGCAGUGGAAGGGACCAAUGGACCAACUGCCCAGCAAAUCCAAAUAGCGUAUCUUAUCACAAUGUUGCUGGCUGCGACCCCCCAUCAUUCUAUGCCAUUGAAUCAAGUCAAGGAAAACUUGGAUGUUAAGGCUAAAGCAAUGGGACAGGGCCCGACACGAGUACUUUUUGGUUGUGUUGCCAAAAGACUGCUCAAGAUAGAACGCGGAAGACGAGAGCAGAUCGUCAAAUUCGAUAUCUGA